GUCCUCAGUGCCGGAGGCCGGCGGCCAUUUUCUUGUAUAUCGGUCCUUCUUUAAUAAUGUACUUGGCCGUGUAGUGACGUAAGCGGCGGCCAUUUUCCCCUGGCCUGACUCCGCCUUCCUCUAUCAUUUCCACAAGGCAGCGGGAGCAGAGAGCUGCUAUUGCUGUGUCUGGCAGCAGGCUGAGCAGCUCUGGUGUCCGGUUGCCGUACUACAGGCGGAGCAGCCUCUGAUUCCUUGUUAUAGUGCAGCUGGAGCAGACUCUGGUGCUACGUUAUCACUGUACAGACAUCUCAGCAUUGAGGAGUCAGAUCCUUGUUACUAGAAGUUACAUGAGGGUGAGAGGUGGCCUGCGUGAGUCACCGAGACAUUGAGGAUGGACAAGGACAGGAGUCGCACAACUGAGAGGAUACUAAAUCUCACCCUGGAGAUCAUCUACCUGCUGACUGGGGAGGGUUACACUGUAGUGAAGAAGACAUCUGAAGAGUGUGAGACACUCAGCAGCUGCCCCCGUGUGUCAGGAGGACUGAGCAGGACCCAGAGCCCCAUCCCGGUGCCUCCGCCUCACUCACUGAUACAUGAGAGGCACAAUGACCAGAAGAUCCUGGAACUCACCAACAAGAUCAUACAGCUGCUGACUGGAGAGGAGUGGGAGUAUGAAGAGGAACACAAGGACCUGUACAAGGACGUGAUGAUGGAGAAUCACCGGCCCCUCACAUCACUGGAUGGGGCCAGUAACAGGAAUACCCCAGAGAGAUGUCCCCGUCCUCUUUAUUCCCAGGAUCACACAGAGGAGAAUCACAGUGUCACACAGGAGGGUCAGAAGCUGGGAGAAGAAGAGAAGUAUUUGACUGUUAUUAAGGUCGAAGAUAUAGAGGGCGAAGAAGAGAUGUAUGUGAGGGAUAAUCAGCAGUGUAAGGAGGAAAAAGUUCUUACAGCUAUCAGCACAGAUGGAAGUAACGGAAGAAAUGUAUUGUCUGACAGUCCCAUUCUAUCUCCAGCUUGUGGUAUUGAAGAUGAAGACAUCAAGCAAGAUUCUCUGGAAGAAAGCCCAAUGAGACCAACAGCUAUAUCAUCUGUUACCUCUAAACAGGAGGAAUAUUCUCCUGAUUACUCAGAUACUGGUCCAUCCAUCACAGCUCUUAGAGUAGAUAAGAUGUUUCCCAGUUCCAUAGGUGACAAACGUUUUGCACACAGCACAAAUUUUAUUGCCCAUAAGCCUGCUAAGAAAGGUGACAGGCCAUUUCCAUGUUUUGAGUGUGGGAAAUGUUUUACACACAAAUCAUUGCUAGUUAUGCAUGAGAGAAGUCACACAGGGGAGAAGCCAUUUCCAUGUUCUGUGUGUGGGAAAUGUUUUACAAGAAAAUCAAAUCUUGUUAUCCAUGAAAGACGUCACUCAGGUGAGGAGCCAUUUCCCUGUUCUGUGUGCGGGAAAUGUUUUAAACAGAAAUCAAAUCUUGUUGUCCAUGAGAGAUGUCACACAGGUGAGAAGCCUUUUCCAUGUUCUGAGUGUGGGAAAUGUUUUAUACGCAAAGCAUAUCUUGUUAUACAUGAGCGAACUCACACAGGGGAGAAGCCAUAUUUAUGUUCUGUGUGUGGGAAAUCUUUUACGCAGAAAUCGGGUUUUGUUAACCAUCAGAGACGUCACACAGGGGAGAAGCCAUAUUCAUGUUAUGAUUGUGGGAAAUGUUUUACGCAGAAAUCAGAUCUUGUUAAACAUCAGAGAUGUCACACAGGGGAGAAGCCAUUUCCAUGUUUUGAGUGUGGGAAAUGUUUUGCCCGUAAAUCAAAUCUCAUUAUACAUAGGAGAGGUCACACAAGGAAGAAAUAAUUUCCAUAUUAAGAUGGUUGGAACUGACAGAAAUCUUGUUAAAUUGUAAAUUACUCACUUUUACACAGGCGAAACCUUAGUAAGUGUAAAGUGUUUAAUUUAAACAACAAAUGUUAUUUUUUUAUUGCGGGGAUUGGGAGGAAAAGUCACUUUGCAGGGUGGGUAGUAGGUUUUGGAGUAGGAUAACCCUAAUGGUAGGUGGUUAUGAGGAACAGUGCUUUUGGGAUAAACUCUUAUUAUCUAAUCCAAUAAGGCCAUAAGUUCUAAGACCUGAAACCUUUUUCGAGCAUAAACUUUCACAUAUUGUAGGCAAUAAAUGACUCAUGCCCCUUCAUACAUACUUGGAAAUCUCAGGUUUUUGAAUGUAAACGUGCAUCAACCCGGGAUUUCUGUAUGUGUGAAUGCAGAUGACCCAGGAUUAAGUCCUGCGUACACGACCUUGCUCCUGACCAGAGUCACGGAGCAACUUCAUGGGUCACAUGUCUGAAAGUAGCAUUAGUUCUAGCUGUUACAGGUAGGUUAAGUUCGAGGAGACCUAGAUGGGUGGAUUCCCAGAAAAGUACUUCAACAAAUAACUUGAAUAUAUAAAUAUGAAUUUACUGUAUACUUAGUUAAGGUUAUUGAUCAAUUCAGCAGAUGUUCAAUACAGCAAUCACAUCAGCAUACUCGGGCUCCCCGCCCUCUGCAGCUAGAAGCUGAGUUGUAUUCAGAUCAUCCUGGCACUUCUGCAGUCAGUGUUCAUACAGGCAGAAUGAGGCUAAUUUAAUACUGACCUUUUCUAUCUUAUAUAGGCUGAAAACUCCUUAAUAAACAAUUUCAUGGCUACAAGGGUCAAAUUACAAAAUACACAUAAAUGCUAAAAUCAGUACAUACAUAUAUACAGUGGGGCAAAAAAGUAUUUGGACAGCCAUCGAUUGUGCGAGUUGACACACUUAAAAAGAUGAGAGAGGUCCGUAAUUUCCAUAAUACACUUCAACUGUGAGAGGCAGAAUCUGGAAAAAAAACUGGGAAAUCACAUUGUAUGAUUUUUAAAAAUGUAUUUGUAUAUUCUAGCGGAAAAUACAUAUUUGGACAAUCAAAAAGUUUAACUCAAUACUUUGUAAUAUAACCUUGGUUGGCAAUUACAAAGGUCAAACAUUUCCUGUAGUUCUUGACCAGGUUUGCACACACUGUAGCAGGUAUUUUGGCCCUCUCUUCCAUGCAGAUCUUCUCUAGAUGUUAUGUUUUGAGGCUGUCGCUGGGCAACAUAAACUUUCAACUCCCUCCACAGAUUUUCUAUUGGGUUGAGGUCUGGCUAGGCCACUCUAGGACCUUGAAAUGCUUCUUACGGAGCCACUCCUUAGUUGCCCGGGUGGUGUGUUUGUUGUCAUUGUCAUGCUGGAAGACCCAGCCACAUUCUAUCUUCAAUGCUCUUACUAAGGGAAGGAGGUUUUUGCCCAAAAUCUCACGAUACUUGGGCUCAUUCAUCCUCUCCUUAAUACAGAUCACUCAUCCUGUCCCCUUUGCAGAAAAGCAGCCCCAAAGCAUAAUGUUUCCACCCCCAUGCUUCACAGUGGGUAUGGUGUUCUUGGGAUGCCAUUCAUCAUUCUUCUUCCUCCAAACACGGCAAGUGGAGUUUAUACCAAAAAGUUUGAUUUUGCUCUCAUCUGACCACAUCACAUUCUCCCAAUCCUCCUCUGGAUCAUCCAGAUGGUCACUGGCAAACUUUAGAUGGGCCUGGGCAUGUGCUGGCUUAAGUAGGGGGAACCUUUCGGGCGCUGCAGGAUUUCAAUCCAUGACGACGCAGUGUGUUACUAAUGGUAACCUUUGUGACUGUGGUCCCAGCUCUCUUGAGGUCAUUGACUAGGUUCUCCUGUGUAGUUCUGGGCUGAUUCCUCACUGUUCUCAAGAUCAUUGAUACCCCACAAGAUGAGAUCUUGCAUGGAGCCCCAGGUCGAGGGAGAUUGUCAGUGAUCUUGUAUUUCUUCCAUUUUUGAAUAAUUGCACCAACAGUUGAUCUCUUCUCACCAAGCUGCUUGCCUGUUGUCGAGUAGCUCAUCCCAGCCUUGUGCAGCUCUACAAUUUUGUCUCUGGGGUCCUUAGACAGCUCUCUGGUCUUGGCCAUGGUGGAGAGGUCGUCUGACUGUCUGAGGGUGUGGACAGGUGUCUUUUAUACAGAUAACCAGUUCAAACAGGUGCCAUUAAUACAGGUAAUGAGUGGAGGAUAGAAGAGCUUCUUAAAGAAGUAACAGGUCUGUGAGAGCUAGAAAUCUUGCUGCUUUGUAGGUGCCCAAAUAUUUAUUUUCCACAAUAAUAUACAAGUAAAUUGUUUAAAUAUCAUACAAUGUGAUUUCCUGCUUAUUUUUUUCAGAUUCUGCCUCUCACAGUUGAAGU